AUGGGCCGGCGCAAUCGCACUGCGCGCCAACUUGGAGACCGGCCUCGGUCCCGGAGCAACCGUAGAGACAAUGAGUCGGCGCCGCCAUCAUCGGGCGAUUCGGAUGACGAGGCCCCUGCCGACCCCGUUAAGGCUCUUGGCUAUUCUCCCGAGAAUCAAACCGUGAUGCUUCAGACGGCCAUGUGUAUAAUGAAUCCUACCCGGUCAGAGAACCGACACUCUCCGCUCUCAGCUGCGCCGGGAAACCCCCCAAAGCGAAAAAGAAUAUGUCUCAAGCGGGUCAUGGUGGAUUUCUUAAUUGGCUUGUUCCUGGAUCAGGUCAAUCGAGUCUAUGAGAUGAUCCAUCCGGUGUCGUUCCAAACGCGGUACAAUGCGUGGUGGGAAUCCCAGGACCGUUGCGACCUCGAGGGUAAUGCCGCUUUGACGGCUGACGAUGAAGAUUUUGGGCUACUCGUUCUUCGCAUAUGCCUUGUCAGCACCCAGUAUCUGCCACACCCCAAAUAUCCGACCACAGGGAUCCUGGAAUCGACCCCCAAGAGCACACAGCGAUGGCUCUACACACUCGCCGAUCAAGUUGAAAAGUCGCAAUCGCCCAUGCGGAGGCCAUCCUUGGUGACCAUUCAACAUCGCUUCUAUCAUAUCUGUUAUCUAAAAAACUCCUCCAAAAUCCGCGAAAGCUGGUUUGCUCUUAGUGACGCGGUCAAAGAUGCCCAUGAGCUUGGGUUACACUUGAAAGACCCUGGCAUUCCUCUCAGCGAGUUGGAGAUGGAACUUCGAAGAAGGGCAUUUUGGAACUUGUACGCUUGGGACCGAUUCAUGUGUACAUACCUCGGCCGCUGGCCACUGAUCCCAGAGGAAUAUUGUGACGUCGAGCUUCCCCACGACAGCCUCCAGGCUUACUUCGUCAGCCCUUACAUCUUGACUCCGUUCACGGAUCGACUCUUCCAUAUCAAGACCGCCCGGUUUAUGAGCGCCUUUAUGAGUCCACCGUCAUGGAAGACCGACCAAUACGACCCAGUGAUUGUCGCCGACUUCGCGCAACGGCUCCAAGAGCUGAUUAUGGACCAGCUCCCACCGGCGUAUCAGUUAAUUGGGCCAGAUACCUCGUGGGACGCGUCCGAGCCCGCGAUUGUCCAGAAAAGACAGACCCUCUAUCUGAUGUUAUUUGGAACCAAAACACUUCUAUACAAGGGCUUCGUCGACCCGUGGAAGAUUCUCUCGGGCGACAAAAAAAUGCUCCCACCCACUCCGCCCACGGGCCUCGCAGCAUCCCAUCAACGGACCGUCGUAGAGUCCACGUGCCGUGUGAUCGAAGUCAUCACCGAACUAUACCACCUCUCGCAUAGUGAUGAUACCCGGGCGUCAGAACGACUAUUUUUGCUUCCCGUGUCCCUAGUCGAGUCGAUUGCAACUCUGAGCAUGUAUCUGCUGUCUGUGCAAACCGGCGAGAGGAAGCCGUUGCGAUAUAUCAUGGAGAUCAGCCCCGGCACACAUCUGCGAAGCACGUAUGAGAUCUUCGUCGAUGCCUUCGCUCUCCUCCGCAAGCAGGCGCAGCGGUCGGUCAUUGCCAAACGAGGUCUCAAAGUCUUGGAGAAGCUUCAUGACAUGCUGCACCAAGCGUCCCGUGACUCGAGUCUGUUGCCCCAAGGUGGAGAUACUGUUAUCGCGACCGGAGGCUUCAGUGGUGUGCCAAUGGCCCCGGACAAAACGUCCCAGCCCGGGUUCUCCUUGGAGUCUUUCUUGGCUCCCCAGGCGGCUUCGGUGGUAUUCCCUGAAUGGAUGCCUUUGGUGGGAAUUGGGGAUCGAUCGUGGUUUUUUGACGAUGGCCCGGUAUUCGAUGGUUUUUCGGUAUAG